AUGCCCGUCGAUAGAACACCGCCACCACAACAAUCUUUGCCUGUGCGCGUAGUACAACGUCAGCGCAGUGAUUCCGAACCAAACCUAAGCGAUAAACAAAUAGAUUUGGAGGCGCUUAACGUAACGACUCGGUGUAAACGCAAGAGAUCUAGUGAUGAUUGUGGGAAUUCUAUAUUCGAAUUUAUGAAUGAUAUGAAACAAAUGUUUCUAGAAUUUAAGACUCAACAGGAGCAAAAAAUUGAGAAAAUUUAUACCUUUAUCGCGGAAAUCAAACAACAGAACUCUGAGAUUUGUUAUUCUGCAGACUUCCUUUCUAAAUCGUAUGAUUCCCUACUGGAAAAAAUUGAAAAAUUGGAGUCAGACCGCCAAACUAAUCACGACUACAUCCGGACUUUAGAAGAUAAGUUGGAAAGGGCUGAGUGUUAUACUAGGGCUACAUGUUUAGAAGUUCGGAAUAUUCCUGUACCGAAUAAAGAGUCUAAGCCUCAAUUAUUAAAUACAAUCACUAACCUUGGUAAAUUAAUCAAUGUAACCAUUCAAUCCCAUGAAGUAAGGGAUGUUUUCCGCACUCGAAGUAAAGGUUCGGAACACAAGCCCAUUAUCGUGGACUUCACGAGCGUUAUUAUGAAGGAAAAGUUUAUCUAUAUGUACAAGCAGUUUAAAAAGUCUUCUGCACUAACCACAGAAUUACUUAAAAUGGCCGGGCCUAUUAAACCGAUAUAUGUAUCGGAAAAUCUCUCAGCAAAAAUGAAAAGAUUAUUUUUCCUGGACUAUAAUUUAAAAGCUAUACUAACUUCUCUCGUCACUUCCUUUGUGGCUCAAGUAAGUAAUUUUGAUUUAAGACAUCAAAAAAGCAAAAUUGCCGAAGCAAGUUUAAAGAGAAAAUGA